CAAACAUGGCGGCCCCCAGUGCACUGCGGCGAGCUGCGUUUUCACCCCGCUUCUUCCUCGGGUCGGGUGUUACCUUCGCCCUCUGGAGAGCAGCGACUGCUGAAUUGCAAACAAGUGUCAGAUUCCAGAUAAUAAGGCUAAGACAUGCCACGGUUGUAACGACAAAGAAAAAUGCUGCAGCUUUAAGACGGGAAUCUUACACGGCAGAUUUUAUUAAAAAGCAGAUUGAAGAGUUCAACCUAGGAAAGAGACAUUUAGCCAAUAUGAUGGGAGAAGAUCCAGAAACUUUCACCCAGGAGGACAUUGAUAGAGCCAUUGCUUACCUUUUUCCAAGUGGUUUGUUUGAGAAGCGAGCCAGGCCAAUAAUGAAGCACCCUGAACAGAUUUUUCCAAAACAAAGAGCAAUCCAGUGGGGAGAAGAUGGCCGCCCAUUUCAUUUCCUUUUUUAUACUGGCAAACAGUCGUAUUAUGCAUUAAUGCAUGAAGCCUAUGGAAAGCUACUAGAUAUAGAAAAUCAUCAAAAUCAGAUGCAAGCCAAAGGUCUGUCUCCAGAAAAAACUAAAAGCAUAGAUCUCAUUGGCAGCAGAUGGCUGAUUAAAGAGGAACUAGAAGAAAUGUUAGUGGAAAAACUGUCAGAUCAAGAUUAUGCGCAGUUCAUUCAGCUGCUGGAAAGGUUAUUGACAUUGCAGUGUGCUGCUUCGGAGGAAGAAUUUGUGCGGCGGUUCCGUAGGAGUGUGACUAUUCAAUCAAACAAGCAGCUGAUUGAGCCUGUGCAGUAUGACGAGCAAGGAAUGGCCUUCAGCACAAGCGAAGGUAAAAGAAAGAGUGCGAAAGCAGAAGUGAUUGUUUAUAAACAUGGAAGUGGACGAAUUUCAGUAAAUGGAAUCGAUUAUCUGCUUUACUUCCCAGUAACACAGGACAGGGAACAGCUGAUGUUUCCCUUUCACUUCCUGGACCGGCUUGGCUUGCAUGAUGUACGAUGCCAGGUAUCCGGUGGUGGUCGGUCUGCACAGGCAGGCGCAGUGCGCUUGGCCAUGGCCAGAGCUCUGUGCAGCUUCAUCUCGGAGGAGGAGGUGGAGUGGAUGAGACAAGCUGGACUGCUGACUCCUGAUCCCCGUGUUCGAGAACGGAAGAAGCCAGGUCAAGAGGGAGCCCGCAGGAAGUUUACCUGGAAGAAGCGUUGAAGCUCUUCACAGCACAUAAUGUGUCUGUCUGGCACACGGCGAUAAU